CCCUCCCUGCCUCCCUCACCCCACUCCACCACACUCCCAUCACCACUCCCCCACCACUCCCGCACCACCCCGGUGUCAUACGCAGACACACAAAGACGACACCUGCCUGACAACACCUGGGCUCGCGUGAGGCUCCCGUCGCCAAAUCGUCGUCAUCACAAUCCCCGUGAGGUCCGAUGCGAGACGCGCUGUCAUCAUAACGAGUGAGAGACCAUCGCACGCGAUAGCACAACGCGUAGUGUCGUCGUCGUCGUCAUUGCUCAUUGAAGCCUCGGCUCGUGAGGUCGCGCCACGCUGGAAUCGACCCUCCACGGCUCCGCUCCAUCUCCAUCUGGGGCCAAUUAGCCCGGCUCCGGGAUCGCACCCAAUUCCCGCCACGUGGAGGUCACGACCGCCGGACCGAGGGGAGGAGGAAGAGCGAGGGAGAGAGCGCGGGGAGAGUGGGCGAGAGGGGGAGAGACGCACAGCGAGUGAGUGAGAGAGCGAGAGCGGACGGGAGCGAAGUCACGACGCGUGCUGCAGGAGGAGAAUCCAGGACAACGCCGAUGACGAUGACGACAGUGGCGGCCACGGCGAUGAUGACGGCGAUGAUGAUGACGUCCAAGCGGCCGCGUCGCCGCGUGGGCUCGGGGAGGAUGCUGCCGCUGCUGGUGAUGGGGGCGGUGAUGGCAACGUCCCUCGUGAUGGCCAUGGGACCUCAGGCCGCGUGGGCUCACGGCGGCGAUGUCGCGGGUGAUGGCGGUGACGGCCACGAGGAGUUCGCCGCUCACGAUGGAGAAGCGCCGGCGGUGGACGACCACGAGGUCCAUUAUGACGACCGCGACUUGGAUGGUGGCGAUGUUGCUGCUGGUGGUGAUGCCGACGUCGAUGGUGAUGUUGAUGAUGGUGGCAAUGCUGAAGGUGACAUCGGCGGUGAUGAUGGCGGUGGUGAUGUUGAUGCCUAUGGCGGUGAUGUUGAUGAUGGUGGUGAUGACAACGACAUCACCGAUGGUGUUGAUGAUGAAGCGGAACAGGAAACAACGGAGGGAGGUGUGGAUGAUGGGGUUGAUGAUGGCGGUGAUGGUGGUGCAGACUUCGCAGAUGAAGGCACUGAUGAUGAUGAUGUCGGAGAUGUUGUCGAGGAACAUGAGAGCGCACAGGCAGAUGCCGUGACGAACGAUGAAGAUAAUGACGAUGAUGUAGCUGAAGAUGAUCAUGCAGCUGAUGAAGUUAACGAUGGCAGCGAUGUUAAUCAGAACGAUGACGCUAAUGACGUGGACGAAGAGAGUGAUCAGACAGGGGACGAGGAAGAGAAUGUGGCAGUAAGAGGAGGAGCCGACGAUGAUGAUGAGGAGGACGAGGUGACGAGUGAAGAUGUUCUGGACCAGGAGCAAGAGAAUGAGGAGGAGCAGUGGUCGGAACAAGGAGAAGAUGUGGGAGAGGAGGAGGGGCAGGAGGAGGAGGGAGACACAACCCAGGGCACAGAGCAAGGUGGUGACGGCGAGGAGGAUGAGGAGGUGGACGUGGAGGAUGAGGAGGUUGUGGAGGAGGUGGUGGAGCAGGUGGUGGUGGACACGACUCAAGAGGAGCCGCAGGAUCGCUCCGGGAAGGACGAGGCAGCGUACCAGGACGGGUCCCUGUGUGCCCUCUGCUCUCUGUGUCACGGCUGUGACACCACGUGCAGGCAGUGUCCGUGUGAGGAGGGCGAUGAGAGUCCGCACUGCGCCAACUGCAAGUAUUGCCACGCGUGUCACCUCUGUCCGGUUCUCUGCGACACCUUGUGUCAGCCAGGAGGAUACGUGGAUGGAUUCAGUGGCUCCAUUUACCAGACCGUCUCAGGUCUGUGGUCGGGAUCGCAGCCGGCGUGAGGAGCGAGCGGUGAUGUCGCAUCCCCGAAACAUCAUCGACAAGAACAACAGUCGUUACCACAACAAUACAAUAUGCACAACAGCAACAAUAAUGAUAACGCAAUAUAACAACAGUAACAGCAAAAAACGACAGCGAACACAGAAUGAGUUGUACGAGUGAAAGUAAAGCAAUAAUAAUCAUUAAUACAGCCCCACACAAUCAGGACGGCUGGCAUAACCCUGCACCCCCCCCCCCGCCUUCCCCCCCACUGCAUAUCUGCUUCCUCUGCUCCACGAGCAGAGGACACGUGGCCUACAUAUCCACAGCGACUCUCUGUCGUUGUCCUCGUGUCUCACCCUGCAUCCGUGACUCACCACGGAUCCGUGACUCACCAUGGAUCCGUGACUCACCACUGAUCCGUGCCUCACUCUGCAUCCGUGACUACGGAUUCAUCACUCACCACGGAUCCGUGACUCACCAUGGAUCUGCGACUUCACAAGUCAGUGGUGACUCACCAUGGAUCUGUGACUCACCACGGAUCCGUGACUCACCACGAAUCCGUGACUGACCACUGAAUCGGUGCCUGCUCUGCAUCUCAUUAUCUCACCCCCCCCCCCACCCCGUAAUUAAUUUAGAGGUUUCCAGACUUCAGUCCUCGCGACCCGGCACGUGUCGCCCUGCCCGUGUUUGCCAAUCUCCGUCAUUGUAUCCGUGAGACGGGGACCGUGCGUUACAGGGCGUGUUCGGACAAGGCGAGAUUGGAGAGUGGGGAUUGCACUCCAAACAUUUCUUGCGGCGAACUGCAGCAGCGACACGGCACCGAAGCCCUUCCAAAUUAAUUCGUCGCAUGCGCUGUGCGCGCCGGAUGAUUGGUAAACACGUCCAGCGUGAUGCAGUAGCCGGGUGACGAUUUAAAUUAAUUUAUAGUAAUUAUAUGAAUAAAAAAGGUAUAUUGAUUAGAUUCAGCGCUUGGUACCGGUCGUGAUGGGACGCGUUUAACCAAUCAUCUGGCUUGUGUAGCGUGUAACGGUGUAGUUUGUACCUGCACUGUGAUUGAGACACGGUGACAUGGGUUCCCACAAUCCCUGACAUUAAAGGAAUCCACUCACAACAAAAAAGCACGGCUCUUCUCUUGUAGCUGCCGUCACGCUGCAGUGGCAGCAGUGGCACGAGCAUUUCACCUGCAAGUCAAUGGGGGAAACAGACUGAUCGGCUGAAGCAGAAACGUGAAGCUACCAAAUCUCAUGGCCCGGGGGUCGGGACUGUCCCAGUGGUGUCACCGAUUCUCCCCCCCGUGUCUCCCCCACCCGAAGCGUCCUUUGGCCUCGUGAACUACACGUUCUGGCCUCGUGCUCGACUUAUCCAGCAGUGGAUUGCUCAUGGCUGAUCAUGGUGAUGAUGAAGCGGGCAAAGGGCGUUGCUACCCAGUCGGGCGGUGGUGGUGGUGGCAAUGCUGCACAUAGCUGCCUAUGAUCCAGCACUGUGAAGGCAGCAGCGAGGGUUGGUGGAUCACGCACAGAUGUCGUGAAACUCCCUUCUACCCGUGGGCGUCGAGGAGGAGCCCGUGCCCUGGCUCACCAGGAGAAGGCACUACAGCAAACAUAUAGAUUCCAUCUGCACGGGAUAGAGUGUUGCCCCGUCUCACGCCUGGCUUUUAUCCGGCUGCUCCCGUUUCAUCCGACUUGUAAACACUUUUUUCGAAGUCACCUUCAUAUAUAGAGGACCGCAGAGCUUGUGGAAAUGUUGUCAACGCUGGGUCACCGCGUCCCCUGUGGUUGCUUCUCACGCUUUUCUCUAUGGGAGUUGAAAUCAGUAAUAAUUAAUAUAUAAUUAUUAUUAAUCGAGCAGGAGGCGGGGAAAUAGAGAGGGAACCAAUCACUCGCCGUGUGGGCGGUGCUAGUGCGGGAGUGGGCGUGCCUAUGCAAAAGUGGGCGGACAGAGAGAGGAGCUGCCACCUCAACCACGUGUCCCGGCUGAGCCUCACCGAGGUUUGGUAGCUUCAAAGAGAUGCUCGUAGACAGGCCACGUGGCAGGGUUUUCACUCCCAUUAUUCGUGAUUGAUGUGUUGAUAAGUCAACGCGAUGAUCCUGUAACUUUAAUUGAGCCGUGAGCGAGCCGAAACAAUAAUCCUUCACUUGUUUGGCGGUGUCGAGGGUGGUGGAGGGUCAUACGACACAGCUAUAGCCAGAUUAUUACGUGGCCUAAAAUGAUGAAUGUGGGCUUGCGAGUCCAGCGCAAAUGUGACUUGAAUCGAAAGUCGUGUUUAAGAUAAUUCUACUGUUGCUGGUGGUGGUGAUGGUGGUGUGGUUGCUCCACUGAGCAUACACGCCGAUUGUGAUGGUGAGUGCAGGUUGGCGGGGUGUGUUUUAUUUGACGUGUUGUUUUUGGAUGUUUGUGUUGAAUUGAUUUUAGUUUCGUUCGUCUGUAAUGGGGUUAUAGCGCGGGGUCAUAGCGCGCAUUACACAGACACUGUGACACACACAAAGACAAAGAUCCCCCGUGUAGCCUUAACGGAUUGUUGGGGCAAGUGCUGUUAGCGAGUACCUAUGAAGGCCGGCACAGCACACGAGGGGGUGGGUGGCUAACACCACGCUCGGCCGCCUUUGUCUCCUGAGUGGCGAUGUUUACUACACACCGCGCCAGGUACUGAUUUGAGGCUGAGUCGACCUACGCACAUUGCGACACAGGCACACUGACACACCAACAAACGUAGAGAAAGAUGCAGACACACUGACACAAACGCUAUAAACUCAAACACACACUGACAUACAAAUACAGAGACAUAAACACACAACGCCAUUUGCCACGAAAUGUCACCACAGCGCUCGUGCCAGGCUAGGUGCACUUUGAGGCCGUCACGUAAAGUGAGGCAGACUGUUGCUGCUGGCAAGAGGUCAUGGGACUGACUCAGGUGCUAUAGGUUUAAUCGACUAAGGGUGACUGACAGAUGCACCACGCGCGCUCCCCACUGCGCCAUACACGCACACACGCACACACACACGCACACACACACACGUGGAAUAUCUGUGUCAGGUGAGAGUGAGGAAGGGGUGGAUGUAUUGGGGAUCGCCGCGCGGGAUGGAGAACUGUGACUUGAUUUGGUUUCCAGUAAAAAUGCGAAAUCACCUGAA